UUUUGAUUUGCUUUAUCCAUGAAGCCUCCAGGCUGAUCUUUUCUAUUUUUCUUUUCUCCUAGAAAGGGGUGAGACUGACGUGGUUUCUCUUUGCUGUUUUUGGGACCGAAAAGGAAGAACAAAAUUCCUCCAACAUUUACAAGGAAGGGGUGAGACUGAGGUGAUUUCGCUUUGCUGUUUUUGGGACCGAAAAGGAAAAACAAAAUUCCUCCAACAUUUGCAAGAUGAUGACCAGGAGAAGAGUAAUUUCCCAGGAACACCUGGGGCAUUCUGGGCAGGAACUCAUAUUGAAUCAAGAAAACAGAACUGAACAUCCAAGUUGGCAGGAAUGGACAUCAAAUGAAAGAACUCACGGAGUGGAGAAACCACAUAAAACCAUGUCACGUCAGUACAAAUCAAAGAGUUCAUUCAGGGGAGAAACUCUAUCAACACAUGGAAUGCGGAAGGAUCUUGGUCACAGUGGUCACUUCAGGUCACAUCAAAUAUCCAACACUGGGGAGAAACCACACAAAUGCAUUGAGUGUGGAAAGAGUUUUAAUCGCAGUGAUGUCCUUAGGUUACAUCAAAGAACCCACACUGGGGAGAAACCACAUGAAUGCAUGGAAUGUGGAAAGAGCUUUAGUCACAUUGGUGGUCUUAGGUCACAUCAAAGGACUCACACUGGGAAGAAACCAUAUAAAUGCAUGGAAUGUGGAAAGAGCUUUAGUCACAGUGGUGGGCUUUUGUUACAUCAAAGAACUCAUACUGGGGAGAAGCCAUAUAAAUGCAUGAAAUGUGGGAAAAGCUUUAAUCAGACUUCUAACCUUAGGUCACAUCAAAUAAUUCACACUGGGAAGAAACCACAUACAUGCAAGGAAUGUGGAAAGAGCUUUAGUCGGAGUGGUGAACUUAGGUUACAUCAAAGAACUCACACUGGAGAGAAACCAUAUAAAUGCAUGGAAUGUGGAAAGAGCUUUAGUCAGAGUAGUAACCUUAGGUCACAUCAAAGAACUCACACUGGGGAGAAACCACAUGAAUGCACGGAAUGUGGAAAAAGCUUCAGUCAGAAUAGUAAACUUAGGUCCCAUCAAAGAACUCACACUGGGGAGAAACCACAUGAAUGCAUGGAAUGUGGAAAAGGCUUUAGUAGGAGUGGUACCCUUAGGAUACAUCAACGGACUCACACUGGGGAGAAACCAUAUAAAUGCAUGGAAUGUGGAAAGAGCUUUAGUGGAAGUAGUGUCCUUAGGUUGCAUCAAAGAACUCACACUGGAGAGAAACCACAUAAAUGCAUGAAAUGUGGAAAGAGCUUCAGUUACAUUGGUGGUCUUAGGUCACAUCAAACAACUCACACUGGAGAGAAACCACAUAAAUGCAUGAAAUGUGGAAAGAGCUUCAGUUACAUUGGUGGUCUUAGGUCACAUCAAACAACUCACACUGGAGAGAAACCACAUAAAUGCAUGAAAUGUGGAAAGAGCUUCAGUUACAUUGGUGGUCUUAGGUCACAUCAAACAACUCACACUGGAGAGAAACCACAUAAAUGCAUGAAAUGUGGAAAGAGCUUCAGUUACAUUGGUGGUCUUAGGUCACAUCAAACAACUCACACUGGAGAGAAACCACAUAAAUGCAUGAAAUGUGGAAAGAGCUUCAGUUACAUUGGUGGUCUUAGGUCACAUCAAACAACUCACACUGGAGAGAAACCACAUAAAUGCAUGAAAUGUGGAAAGAGCUUCAGUUACAUUGGUGGUCUUAGGUCACAUCAAACAACUCACACUGGAGAGAAACCACAUAAAUGCAUGAAAUGUGGAAAGAGCUUUAGUCAGAGUUAUAACCUUAGGUCACAUCAAAGAAUUCACACUGGAGAGAAAACACAUGAAUGCAUAGAAUGUGGAAAAAGCUUCAGUCAGAGUAGUCGACUUAGGUCACAUCAAAGAACUCACACUGAUGAGAAACCACAUAAAUGCAUGUAA